AUGCCAACGGUGACUCCAUUAGGCAGCCAUGGGUUCGUGCCAACUCAAUCACAAGGAAUUGGUGCCAGUGCUGCACAACUGCUAGCCAACUUGGCCACAACGCCAGGAUACAUAUCUGAUGAGGCCAUUCUGGAGUAUUCACGGCAACAGCAACAGCAAAAGCUGCAACAGCAACAUCAGCAACAGCAACAUCACCAGCAACAUCACCAGCAACCGUAUCAUCAGCAGUGGCAACAACAACAUACAAGCCAAUGGCAGCAACCGUUUUCUCAGCCAGGACCACCAUCAAACCAGGCGCAACCCCAAACUUACUUUGCACCAACCCAGUACGAACAGUCUCAGUCACAAGGGUAUCCUCAAGACUUUUCACAUGCACAGCCAGGCAUCCAGCAACCUCACGACUACAGGAUUUCAAGCGAUCCUAAUGCAGCCAUUGGUGCACUCUUGAAGGAAUUGCAACAUACAGGAGGAGCCCCCUCUUCUUCUGCGUCAACAUCCUCAACGUAUCCUUCUUACUCCUCAAUACCUCCACCAAUACCACAACAGCCUGUGCCACAACAUGAUGUCCAACCACAAUCACAAACAUCACAAGCAGGAUUUGGAUACCAACCCCCCUCUGCUUCUUCCUCUGUCCAACAACCCCCUCAGGAGGAGAAGGCCGACGACUUCAGCAGUGGGAAAAUCACGCCGCAAUUGCUCAAGAAGCUCGCCGGUUUGGCUGAGUUGGAUGGCCAUAACGGGUUUUCUCUUCUGAAUGAGAUCAAACGAUUGCGCACCAGACAGACAAAGACUGAACGGGCGCUUCACGAAGACCGUGAGGAGCUCUUGAACAAGCACAAACGUGACCUUGUCAAACUCCAAGCAAGCGAGAUCAUGGGCGUGAAUGUGGAUAGCGAGAUGCAGCGAAAAAAGUCUGCGCACCACGAAGAACUCAAGAGGUUUGAUCAAAGGGUCGUUCGGGCGAUGGAUAAAGAGAUCACACUAGUCCAAGAAUCAUUGGAACUGGCUGGUGUGCCUCUAAUGUCCUCCACACAGGACCCGGGCAAGAUUGCGACACAGAUUAGAGUCCUUCGAUUGUUGGAAGACAUGCUUCAGACUUGA